CCAAACUCUUGUCAAUCACGGCGGAAGAGCUCAGUGAAGGCAGCGGUGCGCUUUGGCUGGCUGCAGCAGCACAGAGAUGUGAAGAAUUAUUUCCCAUGCCACUAAAUCGGUAUCUGGACAGGCCAGGUGAUGAAUAGCCAGAGAUCCUACCGUGCAGUCCAAGCCCAAUCACUCUGUCUGGGGACUGACCACUCACUCAGAGCGCUUGAGUGAUUAACAUGGCACCCAUCAUGGAGGGCACACACACUGUGUUGCUCCUGUAUGCACCCAUCCGUGAGUUAAGCAACAUCAGCCUGUAUUUCCCCAAGAGGCGGGCCCCAAGCUUCAAGUACAAGAGCCGCGCCCCUCAUUCAGAAAGGGCCGGUAAUGACCAUGACUGGGGAAAGGAGGAUCUCAGAGUGUCCGAACAAAGAGUCCAGUCUUCAGACUCCUCGGGCGAACUCCUCAACUCCCAGCAGGCAACAAAGGAAGCAGUUGCAGAGCUCUGCUGGUUGGCGGCGGAGCACCACCAGUUGCUGGCGGAUCUCUUAUCGCUGUGUAGGGUUUGUGCCAACAAAGUCAGGAUGGGUAACCAGGAUGGGAAACUGCAGGAUUACAUGGAGGGUCAGGAAGUUCACCUUGGAGGUCAGAUUCUCAGCAGCAGCAGCAGCUAUUCUCUCCCCAUUCCUCCAGAGCAUAAGAGAGCUGCAUCCAAGAGCAAAAAAAUGAAGAAGUUGGGUGGCAAGAAGCUUGACAGUGCUGAGGAUUUCCUGCACAGUAAGAUGAAGAAGAGAGUUACAGGUGUAACUUCAUCUGUUGAACCUGCUCACAACAUUGUGUCCGUAUCUUCAGCCUCAGUAGUGGAGCAGAUCCCAGGUAUCCUACCGUCUGUCCAUGUCUCUGACAGCCCAGUCACCGGCUCUUACGUCAGUGCAGUCAGCAAUCCUAUCCUGCCCAUGGAGGAACCCUUCCAGAUUACUCGAGAGGGUUGGGACUUCAUGGAGGACAACCGGACAUUUGACCCUGACAUGGAUUUCUGCAGUGACUUCUCAGAGUAUGACGGUGAGCUGGGUUAUGAGUCAUCAUUUUGCAGCCUGAUGGAGGGUCUCACUCGACGGGAAAGUGGCAGCAACCUUCGCCCAAUUAAGAGGUUUAAUUCCUUGGGAGAGACAUUGUCCGAGGAUGCGUCAACAGUCAAGUCGGCUCAGCAGCUGUAUGGUGAAAUAAACCAGAGUAAUACAGGGGUCAGGGUGGUGGCCAAAGUGCAGGAUGUGGAGGGGAGAGUGCAACAUGUCAGCCAUACAAGCAAAGACGGGGCAGGGCCAGCCGUGUUGCAUCCGGAGACUAGCAGCUGCCAGCAGGAGUAUGGAAAGUGGAAAGGACAAAACAGAGACCACCUGCUGGGAGUCAAUAGAGAAAAGACGGCUAACAAGCUUUCUGAAGGGCUACGGUUGCCCCUGUGCCACACCACCGAACCGUACCCCCAAACCAAAUCCCACACAAAGAGCCCUUCUUCACCUUCACUCGCUGGGGUCUUCAACACAUCUUUCCCUGCCUCUAACAGUCUCCAGAGCAUGUCCCCGGUCCUCUCCCCUCUGUCCUCCAAGCAGGCAAGCCCACAGCUCAACCACCGCAUUGUACUCCUCUCAGAUAAGGAUGUGGACCACGAACAAGACAGCUCCAGUAACACAGACGAGCCCAAAAUCUUCACCGAGGUCAUCGACAAGAACGGCAACAAGCGGACUGUCACCCGUCUGGAUCUGAACCUCAGCAGGCGGCCAAGCAACUCCAAGUGGAACUCCUCCAGCAACUCCACAACAACAGAUGAUUCCCUCUUGCGUCAGGAUGAUAUUUGGAUGCUGGAUGGCGAUGACCCUCAGGAGCCCCUCUCCCGCAUUCCGCGCCCCGAUCACCUCGACUUCCUACGCAUCACACCGCCUGAGGAUGACAUCAUCGGGGACACACCCUACUGUCCCAAGCUGGAGUGCACGACAGAGGUCACGUCCCCUACAGACAGCGAGGACCGGACUCCCAGGCGUCUGCAGGCUGUGUGGCCCCCACCCAAAGCGAAAGAUGAGGAAGAGAAGGUGGGGCUCAAGUACACAGAGGCAGAGCACCAGGCUGCCCUGUUACAGCUGAAGAGAGAGUGCAAGGAAGAUCUGGAGAGGAUGCAUUCUGACUAUGAGCUCCAGAUCUUCCAACUGCGGGGUGAGCACGCUGUCUCAAUGUCGCACCUGGAAAGAGUCAUUGGCAAGAUGCAAAGAGACAGGGCGUACAAUACAGGCCAGGAGCGGAGAGAAGUCUGCGACGCUGCUGUCUCCACUGCAGAUGACCCGAUCCCCAAGAUCUGCCGCACUGUGGGCAUCCAGACGGACAGGGAGACCUUCAUCAGGAGCCCCGAGGGUGACGGUGGCGGGCUUGCUCAAAGCCCCAGCCAAAACAUGCCUAAAAAACUCGACUUGGACUCUAUCGAACUAAAUCUAAAAGCCGAAACAGCCCCAGGGCCUCCUGGACCACCACCGCCUCCACCUCCUCCCCCCCCCCCCCCCCCUCCCCCACCAGGCCUCUCAGGAGGACCACCACCCCCUCCUCCUCCUCCCCCUUUGCCGGGCAACAUGGGAGCUCCGCCGCCACCCCCACCACCACCUCCUCUUCCUGGUGGUGGUCCGCCACCACCACCGCCCCCGCCUCCCCCUCCUGGUCUACCUGGGGCUGGUCCACCUCCUCCUCCCCCUCCUCCAGGCUGCGGCCCACCACCUCCUCCCCCGAUGGGGGGCUUCAGUCUCGGCCAGAAUGUAGAUAAGGCCCCACGGAAACCUGCCAUUGAGCCGGCCUGUCCCAUGAAGCCUCUGUACUGGACCAGGAUCCAGAUACAGGACAAUAACAACAACACACUGUGGGGUUCCCUGGAGGAGCCAAACAUCGUCAGCACCAAUGAGUUUGAGGAUCUUUUCUCCAAGGCCACACUACAGCCGAAGAAGAAGCCCUUAUCGGACACUUAUGAGAAGAAAGCCAAAACUAAGAAGAUUAUCAAGCUCCUGGAUGGGAAGCGUUCACAAGCAGUCGGCAUCCUCAUAUCAAGCCUGCAUCUGGAGAUGAAGGACAUUCAGCAAGCUGUUCUUACUGUGGACAACUCUGUGGUGGAUUUGGAGACCAUUGAGGCUUUAUAUGAAAAUAGGGCCACCAGUGAUGAGAUGGACAAGAUAAUGAGACAUUAUGAGAAAUCGAAAGAAGAUGAAGUCAAACUGCUCGACAAACCUGAACAGUUUCUCUAUGAGCUCUCCCAGAUUCCUGACUUCGCGGGAAGAGCCCACUGCAUCAUCUUCCAGUCAGUAUUCCUCGAUACCAUCUCCUCCAUCCAUCGCAAGGUGGACAUCAUCUCCAAUGUCUGCAAAGAUCUGUUAGAGUGUAAUCAUUUGCGUGAUGUACUGGGUCUUGUUUUGGCCUUUGGCAACUAUAUGAACGGAGGGAACAGGACAAGAGGUCAGGCGGACGGCUUUGGACUGGAGAUCCUCCCCAAACUAAAGGACGUCAAGAGCAGGGACAAUCGUAUGAAUCUGGUGGAUUACGUUGUUAUAUACUACCUGCGUAAUUUUGACAAGCAUGCUGGCACAGAGAAGAGUGUGUUCCCUCUGCCAGAGCCUCAGGAUUUCUUCCAGGCUGCUCAGGUGAAGUUUGAAGACCUCACCAAGGACAUCAGGAAGCUGAAGAAAGAUCUGACUGCUUGUGAGAAGAACGUGCAGAAGGUGUGUGCUAACUCGUCAGAGGAAAACCUCCAGCCCUUCAAGGAGAAGAUGGAAGGAUUUAUCUCUGCCGCUCAAAAGGAGCACUCAGCUGAAGAGGACCGACUCAAUGUAGCACAGAAAAGGUUCCAGGACACGGUGAGCUACUUUGGGGUGAAACCAAAGUCUGGGGAGAAAGACGUAGCCCCAAGUCACGUUUUUAUGCUUUGGUACGAGUUUUGCAAUGACUUCAAGAACACCUGGAUACGACAAAACAAGAACAUCUCCAAAGAGAGGUUGAAGGAAGCUCAAGAAAACAUCAAGAAGAUCACAGCGGAGAAGAGAGUCGAAACCAAGAAGAUCAAUGCCAACAGUCUGAAAGAGAGGCUGCGGCAGAAGGAAGCCGCGGGUCCUCCAGCUGAAUGAAAUGCCACAGCAGAAGAAGAAGUAAGGCCUGCUGUCGGUAAGAAAGUCGGAGAAGAUGACAGAUCAGAAAGUGUUGCAGGCCUCAUCUCUCCUGCGUUGACCACCUGCCUCAACAACAGUGCACCGUCCUCUGUGCCCUGUAAGGACUCAAAAUAAAACCUCACCAGACUCUUUACUACUCCCACUGCCAUAUCUCUGCCCUACUAACAGCGCUGGACCCCCCCCCAGUCAAACUUUUUUCUCAUAGAAGCUUGGCCUGCAACAAGGAUGCAUGGCUGAGUGAUGAGAGUGUUAAAGGCCAAAGGUUGAUCUCAUUCAUGCAGCACGGUGUGACCUCUGAGUGCCCAGCUUGUGAAAGGUUUCAAGGGGUCAGUGGGAUUCACAACAGUGCCAGCUGACAAAUCCAUGAGGUUCCUUAUGGAUCCACGAGAGCUGAGAAACCAUUUCUAUCUGAGGUGUAGACGUAACAUCGUCAGCAGAGUGGCAAGACGUUGUUCCUGCCUGGAGAGGAAAAUCCAUGUUGACAAAACAGAUAUCUCUCUCUCUCUCUCUCUCUCUCUCUUUCUGGAAACGGUAAAAAAAAAAAAAAAAAAAAGCAGUUCCCGGUGUCGUUUUGCUGUAGCUAAUAGCUUCUCAUUCACCAUGGCUCAUUAAGAGUCUUGUAAAUAAGUCGUGUUGUGGAAUCGGCAGGGACCGUGCAGCUUUGAGGAGUAAGACGAACGAUCUCGCCGAGGCUUCAAGUGCAAAUGAAGACAUGUUGCAUAUAUAAGUGUGUGUGUGUGUGUGUGUGUACAAAUUAGUAUGCAGAGGUUUCCCUGUAUUGUAGCACUGCACCAGACUGACCUCUCCUGGGUGACGGCCAGAGAAGAGCAGAACCUGGCAGCGAGCCUCGGGCCCCCUCACACCAACACACACAACCAUGUACUUAAAAACAUUAAAAACAAGUUUUAAACCCAAGAUAUUAAAUAUACAGUAUGCACACUUGGUAAUCAUUCAUUAAAUUGCUGUGCAUCCAGUGUGUCCACCACACUUUUAAGCACUUUACUGCUUGCAGUAGUCAUCGCUCGCUAUAAGCCACCCUCCCCUGUUAUGCUUUUCAGAUGUGUCUUGCACUUUUUUGCACCUCCUUUCCUAUGCAAGGGUAUGGUUUUCUUGUUAAUACGAUUUAUUGUUUUGCUUCAUAUUGACACCCUAUUAGAGUUUUUUCUUUAUUAUUUCUAAGAAAGUGUAUUAAGCUCAAUGUUUAAUUUUUGCAAAUGUAACCACGCUCCUGCAAUGUUGAAGAAAAGUCUAUUUAUGUAAGGAAAGAUUUAUUUUAUGCCAAAAUAACGUCAGCUUUGUUCCCUUCUAGGCUGUAUUUUUAUGAGAUGUAAUCGACUGAGAAGCUGCCUGAUAGGUCCGCUAGAUGAAAGAUAUAUUGUUGUGCCCACUAAUUUCCAAGAAAUAGUAGUUUGAAUAGAAUGAAGACUGUUCUUCUUGAAAAUCUGUUUUUUGGUUUUGGAGAGAUGAAGUGUAUAUUUUGGGUAUUGAGAACAUUUGCGCAUAUCACCUGAAGCCAUGUGAGUUGAUAUACCUCAGACAGACUUCCAUUAUCAGAGUAUCCGUAAAAGCUGCACCUUGAAUUGCUUUUAUACCCUCCAAAGUCUUUCACGUGUGCCAUUUAUUUUGUAUAAAGAAAACUAGAUAUUUCAGAACUUUAAACUGCUAUGUUUUACUUCAGAGGGUUUGAAAAAGAAAACAAAGAGCUGAUACUGACCAAGGAACUGCUGUAGCCUCUACUGUAUGUAUGUCAGUUUAUGUAACCUUCAAUAGCUCUCAUAUAGGUGCUCUGUAAUUUUAUGGAAUUGUUUUAAAUUUCAAGAAUAAACUACUGGAUGCCGAACAAACUGGA